UAGCAGUACCAAAAUAAUACCUUUGUUUUUUUAAAAUACCUUUAUUCCAGUUAAUCAAAAAAUAUGAACAGUAUUAAUAAUAAGUAAUACAAUACAAUGAGUCAAUCUUAUUCAAAGGAAUUGUUUUAAAUUAAAUGUCUAAUUCUGAAAGACAUGAUUAGUGAACACCAAUCUAUAUGUAUUCAGGUAUCUAUUGCGAAUGUAAUACCUACUUGUUGAGUGGUGGUGGUCAGCUCAGGGCCACAAUUGUUUUUUAUUUAAUUAAUAUGAAUUUAUUCUAUAUUCUAUAAAACUUUAUAAUAGUAUAAUAACAGUUAUGAUUACACAUUUUUUGUCAAUAUGUAUAUAUCUGUGAUAUGGUUUAAAAAUGACUUCGGGGUCACUGGAGAUGACCAACCUAAGUUGUAAAUACAAACCCCUUCCCAAUAAAAAUAAAUUUAACUUUUUAUAAUAAUAACAUUGCUUAAAAGGUAUUCAAUUAUUUUUUUGUUGAUGAGCUAUUAAGUAAAUUCAAUUGAUAAGACUAAAUGGGAAAAUGUGAAGUGAAUAAGUAAUAAUUUCAUUUUUUAAGAAAUGUUAAAAUAUAAAUAUUUUAUCAAAUAAUGAUUAAAUGUAUAUUAAUGAAAUAUGUGUAACUGUAUGGUGUUCAGUCUUUUUAACAUAAUUAGACAUAUUAACAAUUGUUAUAUUUAGAAAUGUACACAAAUCAAUAGAUCAAUAAUUUUACUUGUUUAUGACCCUGUGUAAUUUGGUUUUCGUUUUUCUAUAAAAGCCAAGAGCCCUUCGAUUCUAUCAUUUGUUGGUAUAAUCUGAUUGUAACACAAUUCUUCUAUGGCACAACCAUUGUUUAUUUCCAACUGUUGCCCAUGAUUAAUAGCUUUUUUGGCCAUUUUCACUGCAAAUGGUCCAUUAGGUAAAAUUUUUCUUGCUAUUUUUAGAGCACCCUGAUAAGCACUUGUACCUUCAUCAUUUUGUUCAUUUACUUUAUUUACAGCUCCAUAUUGCAAAGCCUGUUGUGCUGUCAAUAAUCUGGCACUGUAUAUUAGUUCUUUGGCCAGUGGACCGCCAACUGCCCGUACUAAACGUUGAGUGCCACCAGCUCCUGGUAUUAUGCCAAGUCUAGUUUCUACUAAUCCAAAGAUGGAAUCAGAUGAACAUACAAUAAAAUCACAACUUAAAGCCAAUUCGAAACCUCCACCUAAUGCAGCACCAUCAACAGCUGCAAUCACAGGAACUGGUAUGUUUUCAAUAGUAUUUGCUAAAUUCCGUAAAUCAGUCACACGCUGACCAACUUGAGAAGCUGGUAGUGUUAUACGUUCUUUUAAGUCUGCUCCAGCACAAAAUAUACCCUUCACAAGGCUUCGAAAAAUAACUACCCUAACAUCACUGUCAUUGUACAAUUGUUUAAAAAUGUUAAAUAAUUGAUCAGCCAAAUGUUUAUUAAGUGCAUUCUUCGACCAAGGUCUAUUAAGACCUAUUACAACAAUACCUUUGUCAUCCACUGUUAGCCGUUCAACAUUCACUAAUUCUUGAGUAUGUUCUUGAGUUGGUUUUGUAGACAAAUUUUUAAAUCUAUGACUUCUUACAUUAAAUUUUGAUAGUAAACAUCUAUAUUUAAUAAACAUUUUUAAAAUAUGUGGGUAUGUUAAAAAUUAGGUUACAAGUUAUACUAGUUACAGAACAUUUGUAAUUUUACUAUUUUUAAUUAGGCAGAUAUGAUUAACUAUGAUGUUUACUUAUUAUUUUACCUUUAGACUUUACUAAAUUAUUAUACUAUUUUCCUGAUAAGAUAAAAUACAUUUAUCAAUAUAUAUAGGGCCUACAAACUAAUACAAUAAGAUUACCUAAUACCUACCUAUUCUUAUUUAUGAUGUUCAAAAUGUCUUAUUAAUUUUAGUUGCUAUGACAACAAUUUUCAAAACAACCAAAAAUGGUAAUAUAUUAUGUAUAAAUAAAAGAUAAGAACUCGUUAUGAAUGAAUAAAUAAAAUUACUAUAAUAAGUUAUUAUUAAACACAUUUAAAAUGUUUAAUAACUUCUAAAUAAUUAAAUAAAGUUCAUCAUUUAAUUUACAAAAAAAAAAAUAUACAACCAAAUAAUACAAACUAAUUCUAAAUUAUUUAUACCUUGGCUUGUAUAUGAAAAUCAUAACUUCAUGUCGAAAGAAGUGUUUCCAUUAUGGUUGGAAGAUUUAUCGGAGUGAGUUAUAACCAUUAAAUAAACAAGUUUAAUUAUAAAAAUUUUAAAUAUUCAUAAAUAACAAUUUAUAUAAUUUAAAUAAGCUACGUAACUGUAUUACUUGGUUAAAGAAAUAUUUAAAAAAAAAAAAAAAAACAUUAAUUUUCAGAAGGAUCGGUAGUUCUCGAAAUACAUCAACACGUUCACGGAGAAGCCGGCGGAUAACAAAUGCAAAAAGUGCACGUAUUAGACCAAUUGAACCUGCAGUGCCUAUGGAUAUAUCACCUACAUUAUCCUUAACACCACCAACAAUAUCUAAUAACAGAAAUGAUUUAUUUGAUUUGCUCAAUGAAGACGUAGAUGUACAAACACAACGUAGAGAAAGUUCUGCCCGUUAUGGUCGUCGGGCUAUAUCCAGUGUUAAACAUAUUAUACCAAAUCAAACUUUACAUUAUGUUCCUGAUGAAAUAAUAUCUUCAGUAAAAACUACUAACCAAGUUACUGAAGAUUUUCUUGAACAGUCUUGGACAUCAUUAAAUUUUUUCAACCGCAAACAAAAAGGAAGACUUACUAGUAAACGACAAGGUAAAUCAUAUUAUUAUAAUAAUUUAAAUUGUAUGGUAAUAUUUGUACAAGAUUAAAUGUUUAAUCGACACUACUUAUUGAUAUUAUUAAAAACAUUUAGACCGUAAAACACCAAUGAAUUUAACAGUGGAAUCUGAAUUGAAUACACAAAAAUUGAAAAAUGAAACUCAAUCAUGCACUCCAUUUGUGAUCCCUGAACUACCAUCUGGUUCUAUAUUAAAAAUGGAUAUAACUAGCACUUGGGGUGAUCAACAUUAUAUUGGACUUAAUGGUAUAGAGAUUUUCAACAAAGAAGGGAGAUUAGUUAAUAUUUCAAAAGUAUGUAUAUUCAAAAAUUUACAUUAUAAUUCUUCUUCUUCAUUUGGUUUUUAAAAUUGUCUAAGAGUUUUCGCCGCCAUCACGAUCUCCUUCCAUUUCAUUUUAAGUUGAAUUACUGCCUUCCAUUCUUAAACUUCUAAUUUAUCGAGGUCUUCUAUCUUAUCCAGCCAUCUCCUUUUAGGCCUGCUGUGAGAUUAUAUAUUAUAAUAUAUAAUUUAAAUUUAAAUUAAAAAAUUAUGAAUUCAAAUAUGUAUUAUUUAUUAAGAUUUGGGCCGAUCCAUCAGAUAUAAAUGUUCUACCAGAAUACAAGUCAGAUCCUCGAGUUGUAAAUAACUUAAUUGAUGGAAUUAAUCGAACAAGAGAUGAUAUGCAUUUAUGGUUAACACCAUUCACUCCAGGAGCUCAUCAUUUUGUUUAUUUAGAAUUUGAUGAUGUACAAAUAGUAGCCAUGAUCAGAAUAUGGGUAAAGUUUAGAUUAGUUAAUAAAAUAUAUUAUUAUUGCACGUUUUAUUAAUUUGUUAUGGAAAUAUACAACAGAAUUAUAACAAAUCAAGAAUCCAUUCAUAUAGAGGUGCCAAAGAUCUAAAAAUGUAUUUAAACUCUGAACUAAUAUUUCAAGGAGAGAUUGCUAGAGCAUCUGGUGGAAUUGUUGGGUGUACAGAUGCUUUUGGUGAUGUAAGUUAUGCCGUUAUUUUAAUUAUAACUUGAAUAUAUAUUGCUAAGUUUGUUAAUAUAAAUUAUCAACUAUAUACCAAUUUCAGACAAUAUUAUACACAUUAGACGAUGAUAUACUAGAAAAUAUUGCACAAAAUGAUACUUCAUUUUCAAUACUUUUAGAAGCUAAUAAUACAAUUAAUUCAAUAUCAGUUGAACCACAACAACGUCCUCUUACUGCUGAUACUGGGGUAAAAUAUUAGUUUUAAAAGUUUUAUUCUUUCUACAUAGUAUAUUAAACUUUUUUAUUUUAGAUUAUUAGACCAUUAACAUGUGCACAACCAGUUAUUACAAGUAUAUCUUCUGAUUCUUCUGAAUCCAACACAAAAACUCAGUAUCAAACAACAGGUUCAGUGCUAUGCCAACAAUCAUUAACUAUUACUGUUAUUUCUACCUGGAAUUCAUUAGAUAACUCAGUGUCUGUGAAUACUUUUAAUGUGGUUGGAUUACUAGGAUUAGAAGUAUUAGGAGAAACUGGUGAUGUAGUUCAAAUAGACAGUAUUAAAUGCAAUGUUGAUGCUUCUGAUACAGAUAAGCAAGUCAAUUUGUAUUAAUAAUUAACUAACACAGUUGUAAUUAAUAUAAUUUUAUAGAUUAUUAAAGUGUAAUAUUACUGAUAAAGAUUUGGAAAUGUGGACUUGUGAGUUACCAGAUGAACCAUUAACUUUGACACUCAACUUUUUAGCCCCAGUACAUCUAUCAGCAUUAGUUAUAUGGAACUACAAUGGAUCCAUAGAAAAUUUGGACUGCGGAGUAUGUUUUAUUUAUUAUUUUAUUUUACAUAAGAAAUAAUAUUAUAUUUUACAGGUAAAAUUCAUUAAACUGAAAAUUGAUGAUCGAGAAUUGAUUGAGAGAGGUACCGUUCAAGUAAGGCGUGGUCCUGGACAUUGUCGAUAUAAUUUUGGUCAAAAAAUACCUUUACUUCCGAAACAUUGUUCUGCUAGACCUAAAGAACUUUUGCCUAUAAAUUCUGAACAACAUAGAAGAAGUAUGUAUAAUUAUUUGAUGCAUAUUUUUAAUUUAAAAGCAUUUAAAAUAAAUAAUAGUGGUUGUAAAUCAAUCAAAUCAAUUUUAUCCUUAAUCUAAGGAGAGGAAUUUAAAUUUAAAUUAAACAAUAAUUUAUGUAAUAUAUUAUAUAUAUUUUUUUAAACAAAUUACUUUAAAAUUAUUCAAAGGAUUCAGCUAGGAUCUAGUUGACAUAGUCAAAGUUUUUUAUUCAAUAUAUAUUUGAUAUCAUUUGUCAAAUUAUUAUAUAUAAUUUUAAAUAAUUGAUUCACUGUUUUAUAGGAAUUGAUAAUUCUGAUUACGAACAUAUAACAAUUCCAGUUGGAUUCGUUUAUCAAAUUAUUUUAUUAUCAACUUGGGGUGAUCAAUAUUAUAUAGGCUUGAAUGGUAUCCAGUUAUUUGAUAAGUCUGGACAAAUAAUACAUUUAGAGCGUAGAAGUAAAUAUUUUAAUGAAUUACAUUUGUUUAAGGUAUUUUUUUAAAUUAUAAAAUAACUUGUUAUAUAAUAUUUAGACAUAAGUUGUUGGCCAAGCUGUGUAAAUAUACUACAAAGUAACAAGAAUGAUAUACGUACUCCUGAAAAACUUAUAGAUGGGAUUAAUGAUACUAUGGAUGGUUCUCAUAUGUGGCUGGCUCCAAUUUUGCCUUCAGAGGUUUUAUUUUAUUUAGAUUUUUUAAUUUUCUAUAGUUUUUUAUAGAAUGUUUUUAGUAUUUUUUAUUUUUAUUUUUAUUUAGGUAACUAAAAUUUAUAUUGUUUUUGAUGAACCUACUUAUGUGUCCAUGUUCAAAAUUUGGAACUACGCAAAAACUCCUUUAAGAGGAGUAAAAGAAUUUGCUGUAAGAUAAUAACCCAAUUAAUUUUUAACUAUUCCUAAAGAUCUAAUAUUGUACAUUUUUUUUAUUAAGAUUUUGGUAGAUGAUCUACUAAUAUAUAAUGGAAUGUUAGAGUGUUUUAAUGCAACUGUAAAAUUAAAUCAAUAUUCUACUGUAAUAUUUGACAUUUCCAAGGAACAAAAUGAUUCUAUAUUAGAAUUAUCAACGUAAGUAUAAUAUAUUGAGUUUAAAAUUUUAGUAGUUUGAAGCUACUAAUUAUUUUUUAUUAUUUUCUUUUAGUGCAAAUGAAUUAAAUAGUUUGAAUAUUGAAGGCAUGUUACUAGACAAUGCGGUUGAUCAAUCACAAAGACCAUUUACAUCAAUGUUGCCAUCAUCAAGUUUAGUUAAUUAAAUGCUGUAACUUGAAUAAUUAAAUAAUUGAUGAAGAUAUGAUGCUAACAUUAAUACUUAAUUACGAUUUUUAAAUUGUACAAUGUAUACAAAUAUGUACCUAUAUUUACCUUAAAUAAUUAUAACUGUUAAAUAAAUAAUUGAUUUUUAGUAAGUAAUACCAUUUACCAUUAAAAUUUAAAAGUUUAGUUCAUC